AUGGUCAUCAUAUCAAGACCCAAAAGUAAUGAAGCUGGAGUACAAAAGCCAUCGAGGGUCAUAAUCCAAAGACCUGCAGUCUUCCCUUACAAAGACAGCAAAAAGGUCCCAUGGAAUUAUGAUUGCAGUGUGACGACGCCAAGAAAAGAGACCCUAGUUGACGCCUCAAUAGGGGAUCAAGAUAGGGGUUCCUAUAUACGUAGUGGGAGACGUUACGAUACAGCGAAUGAGGAAGCACAGCCCACAAAAGGAAAAGCCCAAGUGGUAGAGGAAACGAAGGAAAAAGCAACCAAACCUGUUAAUGAGCCAGUUAACGAAGAGGAGGCUAAGGAGUUUUUAAAAUUCCUAAAGCAUAGCGAAUACAGCAUGGUAGAACAGCUACGUAAACAACCAGCCCAUAUUUCAGUGCUGGCCUUGCUUCUAAGCUUGGAAGUUCAUCGCAACGCGCUAAUGAAGGUCUUAAACAAGACAUAUGUUGCCAAUGAUAUCUCUGUUAAUAAGCUGGACCGUUUGGUGAGCAACAUAAGUGCCGACAAUUAUAUCUUCUUUAAUGACGACGAGAUACCACCCGGGGGCAUGGGGUCGACAAAAGCGUUGCAUAUUACCACGCGCUGUAAAGGGUAUACGCUGCCAGGCAUACUGAUUGACAAUGGAUCGACUUUGAACGUCCUGCUAUUGACCACGCUGAAUAGAUUACCUAUAGACAGCUCUCACAUGAAGGAGUGCCAGAACAUUGUGAAGGCAGUCGAUGGCACGGAGAGAAAGGUGAUGGACAGAAUCGAGGUACCUCUUCAGAUUGGACCAAACACGUAUGAGGUGGAUUUCCUCCUAGUAUCGGAGGGGAGGUUGAUAACGAUCAAGGCUGAGGAGGAUAUUAUUGCAACUGUGAGCAAUAAUGCACCCUAUUUGGAGACAGAUGACGAAGCAAUCGAAUGCUCAUUUGAAUCUUUGGAAUUUGUUAAUGCGACAUUCAUCGCCGAGGGGAGCAAAAUUCUGGUGCCGAAAUUGUCCAAAACCACGAUGAUAAGCCUCCAGCUGACGAUUGAAAAAGGGGUCCUACCCGGAAGGGGACUUGGAAGACAUCUGCAAGGCAGGAUUGGAACGCCAAUACUGAAGGACAAGAGAGACCACUUCGGCUUAGGAUUUAAGCCUGAUGUCAAGCAACGCCGGAGGGAGCUAGAAAAGAAGCAAGAAAGAAGGAGAGCACGGUUAACAGGGGAGGAAAUCAAGUGGGAACUGAUGAUAUUCCCCCAUAUAUCGAAAACGUUUGUGUCUGGGGGAAUCAUUCAUCCCGAGAGAGACACGCCGACAACAGGGGCUAUAGAAGAAAGGCUCGAAAGCUUGGACAUCAACGUCAUAUGCGAAGAGAAGACUAGAAGAGAGAAUUUGUUGGGCAUUUGCCCCUACACACCUGGAAGUGUUCUGGACAACUGGACUACGGAAGAGAUUCCUGUCCCCAAAUAUUAA